CCAUAGAAUUCUCAAAAAUUCUUAACUGCUCCUCUCUCUUUCUCUUUCUUUCUCUUUUGCUCUGCUUUUGCUCUCGCUCUCUCUCUCUCUCUCCUCCACCCCUAAACCAAGGACAGGAAUAGUUGUCUUAUUAUUAGUGACUUAAAAUGAUGCUUUUGAACGAGAAGAUGCUGGGUACUUUUGGUGACUAGCACCAUCUGCACUUUUUUUUCUUUUAAAUUCCUGAGCUAUUGUUUACUAAUGCGUUCUUUUAUUCCUGUUUCUACUAAAGCUGAAUGUUACUUGGGUGGAAAACCUAAUUGCUUUCUUUUCUAGGUCCCUAAACCCUUUGCUAAUGUUUCUGUCUGAGAGUUCCCAAAGCCAGGGUUCUAGGAGAGUGUGGCACAGCUCGACAGCUGAACCACGAGAUAAUGGAGUAGGUCCAGUGGGGUGUGGGAGCAAGGCAUUCUGUCAAUAAAAGAGCUCCCCUCUCUGCACACAUGGCCAGUUAAUUGGCCGUUCUGGGAAAGGACGGAUGGGGAGGGGGGCUUCUGAGAAUCGCCGGUGACAGUUAAGCGGCCUUUUGUUGAUGUCCUCUGCCGAACAAUUUUGUUGGAUUUAGUCUCUGCCUUUCCUCCACCUCCUGCGGAUUUUCUGUUAGAUUCAUCAUUUACCAUUCAGGCAUCAUCUUUCACUUUCUCCUUCCAAUAUGACUGCUUUGUGUGCUGGCCUCUGCUUUAUUCCUACUAUUCUCAGACCAUAAAGGGGGCCAUGUGGGGCUUCAGCGGGACUGAGAAAUUGGCUCUCCUCUCUGUUGAGAACCAUAAUAAUGGCGGCAGUGACCUUCAUGUCUGGCAGAAAACGCACUACCUAUCCUAGCAUAAUGGUGACCCCCUGCAGAUAGAGAAAAGGGAAUCUUCACUGAAUUCCUUCUCAUACAAUACAUAUUUCCUUUGUUCCCCUCUCCAUUCUCUUCUCUUCCCGUUCUCCCCAUUGCAACUGGAGUACUGACCCAAGAUGCGGCUAUGACUAAGAAUUAAUGCUUUGAAAUAAUAAUGUUACAUUUUUCAGGCUUUGCUAAGCCAGUUCCUCAGAUUGUCUCCUCUAAUACCAUCCCCUCUAAACCCUGUGAAGUAGGGCCAGGAGGUGUUAUUAACCCCAUUUGGCUGAUGAGUAAACCGAGACUUAGAGAGAGUAGGUGAAUUGUCCUGGAUCUUUUAGACACGAAGCGAGCACCAGCUGUCUCUCUCUAAACCCUGCAUUCUUUCAAUGGUGUCCACACCCUUAUGCAUAAGGAGGCUGUGGCCCAGGGAAAGUGCCGGGCCUGCCGGCCUUUAGGUGCUGUGCUGUCCUGAGGCCUGGGCCAUGCCUGUGCGUGAGGAAAGCCCCUGAAGCUCGCCUGGAGGAAGAAGCAUGCAGGGCACCCACGGAGGAGGCGUGGGCCCUGGGCUGUCCCCUGUGGACAAGCGGACGCUUCUGGUCUGCAGCUUUAUCCUGGCAGCAGCUUUGGGCCAAAUGAAUUUCACAGGAGACCAGGUUCUUCGAGUCUUGGCCAAAAAUGAGAAGGAGCUUUCACUUCUCAAGGAGCUGGAAGGCCUGAAGCCCCAGAAGGUGGACUUCUGGCGAGGCCCAGCCAGGCCCAGCCUCCCUGUGGAUAUGAGAGUUCCUUUCUCUGAACUGACAGACGUCAAAGCUUAUCUGGGAUCUCACGGCCUUGCUUACAGCAUCAUGAUAAAGGACGUCCAGGUGCUGCUGGAUGAGGAGAGAGAAGCCAUGGCGAAAUCCCGCCGGCUGGAGCGCAGCACCAAUAGCUUCAGUUACUCCUCCUACCACACCCUGGAGGAGAUAUAUAGCUGGAUCGACAACUUUGUAACUGAGCAUUCAGAUAUUGUCUCAAAAAUUCGGAUUGGCCACAGCUUUGAAAAUCGGUCCAUUCUUGUCCUGAAGUUCAGCACUGGAGGUUCUCAGCGCGGGGCCAUCUGGAUUGACACUGGAAUUCACUCCCGGGAGUGGAUCACCCAUGCCACUGGCAUCUGGACUGCCAAGAAGAUUGUCAGUGAAUAUGGCAAAGACCGCAGCCUGACGAACAUAUUGAACGCCAUGGACAUCUUCAUGGAGAUCGUCACCAACCCCGAUGGGUUUGCUUUUACCCACAGCAUGAACCGCUUGUGGCGGAAGAACAAGUCCACCAGACCCGGAAGUUUCUGCAUUGGUGUGGACCUUAACAGGAACUGGAAGUCAGGCUUCGGAGGAAAUGGUUCUAACAACAACCCCUGCUCAGAGACUUAUCGUGGGCCCUCCCCUCAGUCAGAGCCAGAGGUGGCUGCCAUUGUGGACUUCAUCACGGCCCAUGGGAACAUCAAGGCUCUGAUCUCCAUCCACAGCUACUCUCAGAUGCUCAUGUACCCUUAUGGCCACUCACUGGAGCCUGUUUCAAACCAGAAGGAGCUGAUGUGGCCAGCGGGAUCACCGUGGACUGGGCCUAUGACAACGGUAUCAAGUACUCCUUCAGCUUCGAGCUCCGGGAUACUGGGCACUAUGGCUUCCUGCUGCCAGCCUCACAGAUCAUCCCUACGGCCCAGGAGACGUGGAUGGCGAUUCGGACCAUCAUGGAGCACACUCAGAACCACCCCUACUAGCAACGCUACAGAUCGGGAGGGUUUGUCCUCCUCCCCAAGGCCUGGGGUCCCUCCUGAAACCCAAGUUAUGCAUUCCCCUGCCCACCCCCCUGCCCUGACCCCUUAGGAAAUAAAAACAAGUUUGAACAGGCUUGGGGGCCUCUGGCACUGGCUGCCACCCCUUUGGGCUCAGCAUUGAGGAAGGGACAGACGCAGCUUGAAAUACCUUUUGCUCCCCAGGUUUUCAGGAGGAUGAGGUUAGCAGGUCUUGCCAUUUCUCCUCUUGCGGGUUCUCACGGCCUAGAACAGAUAACUCACCCUCUGGGAGCUACUAAUAUACACAUUGUCCCCACAGUCUUUUACAUUGUAAGAUGACCCUGGAGGGGACACUGUUUGAUCUAAAGGAGUGGAUCUCUUGUGGUGGCAUUUCUGGGACCUUGAGGGAGAGGUGGGUACCAACAGGCAGCCUCUGCCCCUUCCUGCUUCGUUUCCCAUGCAGGGGAGGGAGCAGAGGCACAUUUCAGAGGCCCCCACUCACCCUGUAAACAAGUGAACCAGUCACGGGUUUGUGACCUGUUCCUCCUGGGCGUCCUCGCAGGCUCCACUGGUCUUGGGAGCACAGUCUCAGCCUGUCAGAGCCAGCGUAGCAAAGCACCACACAUCCAGGGAGAGGAAAGUCUCCUGUUCCUCACCAUAGUUGUCACGGUUGUCAGGCACUGAGCAGUUACUCCAGGCCAGGCCAUGCAGUAAUAAGCACUUCAUCUAAGCAAGAGAAAGGAGCGCUAUUCUGAGACACUAAUGAGGAGCCUUCCCCCAUCCUCAGGCUUCCUUGUACCUUUUGCCUUCCUCCACCACUGGGGAGCAGGGAUAGUGGGUCUGUCUGCCCUGCCCUCAGGGGAAGGCAGGUACCUCCAAGAAGAAAGAACAACUGGAGAGCCGAAUUAAGUUUGAGGCAGAAGCAAGACUCAUUUGCAAAGGCCAGACUUUUGUUGUUGCUAUUCUUGCAAAAGAAAAGGGUUGUGGGUAGCUGUGAGUCAGCCCCCGCAGGACACAGAGCACAGGGUCUUACUGCAAAUCACAGACAGGGAAGAAAGCAGGGUAAAAUAAAAACAAGCCCCCCUUAUACUCAACCUGUAAAGGGAGACAGAGGUUGGACCAGUGAGCAGAAGGAGGAGAUCAACGAUGGUCAAGACCCCAGGUAAGGCCCGUGUCCAGUAUGGCGCCUGAGCAGCAGAUUAACAAUGGCUGAGCGAGGGGUCUGGGCAGGUGAUUAGAGGCAGCCAUAUGGAUGGGUGCACCACAGCGGUACAGCUCUUGAGAGCUCUGAACAAAGAAAUGAGAAGGUUGGCGGCUGAGGAGGCCUCGGGUAGAGGCAAAAAGGCUGAGCCUAGGGGCCAUGCAGCCAGUGGCCGUGGUGGCACAGUGGGCAUUGACUGGGAACACCUAUGCCCAGAACCAGCUGUGCCAUGUGGAAGGCCUGAGGAAAGCAGGAUGUUGAACCCCUGAAGAACCCAAAGGGGAAGAGCCAAGGACGGAGGAGGAGAAAAUCCCUCUGCAGUCUGCAGCUUCCCAAAAGAGACUGAGUUUUUUUUAAAGCUGGAAGUGGUCUGAGUGAGCUAGAAUUUCCAAGCUGAAGUUUUCUGCUAUUAGCGGAAAUACCAGGUCACGGGCUAAGUUAAUAGAAGCUGUAGAUAAAUAAAGCAAG